AUGGACGCUGACUCUGGGUGCUAUACUGUGCCAAUAUUGGUCGUCGUUGACAGGUUAUUUGACUUGAUCUCUGAUAUCAAACUGGUAAAUGGUGCUGAUGGGAUUCUCGACUCCCUUAGCCCAAUAUUCUCUCCGCAGAGACUCGAAGGGACUUUUCGUUCCAAAUUGCCUGCAUGCAGGCGUAUUUUUCAGGCGAGUGCUCAGUAUUUCCUUGGUAGCAGCAGAGCAGAGAGCAGAGGGUUGGCAAAAGGCGAUAUGUUCCCCCAUCCCCCUGCCCUGUAUGGCAUGAAUCGUGCCACAACCUGAGCAAAUCUUACCUAAUGCACCCGUGGAAUCCCCCUCCUUAAAAAAACAUACGCCUCCAUUGCGCCCCAGGGUACCUCACGGAAGAGGAAAAAUCGAUCAAAAGCCACGUUCAGAUGCAAUUUGCAACCUAAUUACAUACUGUUCGCCAUAUCUCGUAAUAACUGCAAAGCGUAAACUUUCCCAUAAUUGAUACCCUUUGCUAGAUGUAAUCCCUCUGAUCCCAAUAUCAUAUAUGUAUGUCGGACCGAUUUUUUGGAAACAAACCUAACAAAACUUGCCGUCAUUUGAGUGGACAGGUGUCAAAAGGCAGGUUGCGUAAGCCUGAUAACCUCCAAAAUAACUUUAACGAAGAAAAAAGGAGAAAAAGACAGAGCGAGGAGAAGGAAAGGAGGAGAAGAGAAAUUAAAAAAUGCAAUGAUUGCAUUCUUAGUUUUUAUAAUGGCUACUAUGGAGAUCACGGUAUUUGGCCGAAAAAAACUUUUGGACGGAAAGGUCCACUUGGGGAUAACGUUUUCAAAAAUCCGGCUAGAUAUAUGUAAGUAUGUAAAUCUUUAUUUAUACACGGAAAAUCAUCAGUUAAGCUUAAAGUAAAACCAAAACUAAUUACAACUGCUUUACAUGGUUGCGGAGUGGGAUACCGAUAUAUCAGCUACCUUCUUGAUAUUUCGCUUAAAAUGAUCAACCGAUGCAGCAUUUUUUAAGGUGUUGGGCAAGUUAUUCCAUAAAGGGACCCGCCGUAAGAAAAGCUUCGUUUCAAAUAAGUGGUGCUUGGUUUGGGCAGGUUCAGCUUUCCCUCAGAGUUUCUUAAGUUAUAAGCAGAGUGAAGCUGAGAGAAAAGACUUUGAAGAUAUUCCGGAGCAAGGUCAUUCAUGGUUUUAUACAUCAUUCAGACUUUCUAUUUCUUUCGUCGAAGAUAUAGCCUCUCCCAGUCGAGGAUGGAGAGGAGGUGGUUUGAGCUCGUAUCAAAGGGUAAUUUAGUAAUAACUCUGGCUGCACGAUUCUGUUACUUUUGGAGGUUAUCACUCAAGUAACAACUCAAACAGUCCCAGACGGGGCCGCAGUAAUAAAAAUGCGGAAUUAAAGCGUAAUAAAUUUGAGUUGCAGUUUCUUUCGAUAUAAAGGGCCACACACGUAUAAGGGCGCUUAUAGCAGAAGAGGUUUUCUUGCAAAUCUCUUCAACGUGUUUCCCCCAAGAGAGAUGAGCAUCUAUGGUAAGACCCAAGGAUUUGGUAUGAUCAACUCUCUUGAUAACUUGGUCAUCAAUUCUGAUUUCUACGUCGUCAGAUUGGACAGAUAGUCUUUGCCUUGAUCCAAUAAGCAUUAGCUCUGUUUUAGGAACAUUUAAACUGAGCUUGUUAGCGUUUAACCAACAGCUAAGGUUAUCUAAUCAGCCUCACUUAAGAAUUCUUCCCCCUACUGACUGCAGCACAUACCCAUAACGUCUUGCAAAUUUAAAAAAAGGACGUUCAGUUAAACACGUUAAACGAACUAAAUUACUUUAAAAAUGGAAAUUUUGUGGCUGGAAUAACCACGUUACAGCUCUGAGAUUGGAAGAAAACGGCAACAAUAGCAACAAUAACAGAAAAUACACUACUGCCAGAUUUAUGGGCAACAACUGCGCAACAAUAUCAUUGUAUUAUGGACGCUUUCUUUAGCUUUCCAUAAGUCAAGUGCUUUCCGGUUUCGGCAGACCCACCGAGUGUCACUAGGAUCUCACGGGAGGAUAAAGCAGCAUGUUUACGUUGUUUAUGAUCUGAUUUUUACUAAGUAUAUCAUGGUUUAAUCACCGAAUCAUCGGAUUGCAAAAAAAGAAGAGAGUGAAAUAAGUACAAACUUGAUAAUGCUGCAUUUGGCAAUGCUAUGUUAGCACUGGAGUAUUACACAGCAACGUGAUACUCAAACUGUGGCUUCAAACAAGUUAAUGAGCGCCUUAGAAUUGAAUUGAUGUCGCAAAGUAAAAAGAAGCUAGAUUAUUUAUCAGCUCUCCACAAAAAUAUAAUGGAAGGGGUGCUUAUAAAGAGAAUAUUCGCCAGAGAUUGGUGGUUCACAAAUGUAUCAUUAAGAUAGCCUGAAAAUCACACUGGUUGCAUUUUUUAAAACAAGUGGGUAAAAUUUAAGGUGGCGGAACAUAUAAGCUAUUACGUUAUUAAAAUUUUAUUUUUGGGUUCUGGGGAGUGAUAAAGAUGAUGAUGAUGAUGAUGAUGAUAACAAAAGGGAGCUUAAGCAACGUCGACGACGAGAGGGGCCACAAAUCAACAGGAUUAGAUUAGCAAAACAAAACUAUGCACGUGUAUUACGCUUUUUUACCUUUCCUUACCGUCGUUGCACGACCACAACGUGAAACUGGCUAAUUUCACGUUUUCUGGAGGACGUUCAACACAACAGAACUAUUGUGAAUUCAACUCCAGAAAAAUUCACCAACAUUUGACAUACUGAUGCCAUGGAGGAAAGGCAAUGAAUUUUGAAACAGCGCGAAUUCACUUUUCAGGAGACGUUUUUGCCAUAGUCGUCGUCCUCAUUGUUUAAGCUCCCUAAAGAUAAAGACAACGACCAGCAAAAUCUUUGGGAAGAAGGUAGAGUAGAAGCAGGACAGUAUUGAAACGAAACUGAAAGACGAAGAUGAGAAUAGAGGUGAUAUGUUUUUUUUUCCGAGUACCAGAGCAAGCCCAGCUAUAAAGGCAAACUACGUGAACUACAGAGUAGAACACAGGACCCUCUGGGUCGAAUGAGUUAUCAAUAGGGACCUUACGAUCCGACAACGGCGACGUCCAUGAAAACGUCGCUCAAAAAGAGACUUGGCAUCAUUUUAAAAUUUUUCGCGAUUAUCCCAAUUCACCCAGUUAAUUAAAAGAAGAGGAUUUUGGCUGGAGCUGAAGAGAGGGGAACGAGCUCAAGUUCGGACGGAGAUGGUACAAUUUAUCGCCUUGCCGUUCCUUUUCCCAAGUAAACUUAAAAUUUUGUCAUUCCACGUCGCAGUUGUGCAGUGAAGGCAAAGAAAUGUACAAAAAAGCGUGAUGCACGUGGAGAGUUGUUGUUUUGCUCAUUAAACCUAUUAUUUUCUGACGUUCCGUUGCCGUCGUCGUCUCGGUUUCGUAAGGUUCCUAGUAAAGGGAAAGAGACACCCGGUAGGUUGUAGGGGUGGGCAUGAUAACGAUAAAGAAAUGGUAUGAACACCAACCCAACAGAGCACUGUGAAUACAGAAGAUCAGAGUCUUGUGGGAUUUCAAUACCCACUAAGUCCACAUUACUGCAGCUGUAACAAAAUAAGCUGUGGUUGUGAGAUAACUGACAUAGUACGUGGCGACAGGGUGUUAACAAAGAAAAGAGGGAAAAUCGAGACUGAAUGCCACUAGAUAACCGUCAAAUAAAAAAGUGAUGGUUAUGCCAUUUGUAGAAAGAGCUGUUAGGACAUUUUCUAAAAUAAGAGACAAGUCAUGUGAAAAGAUAAUGGUGAGCACAUUUAAAGAACCACGGCGCUUGGUGGGGCGUUUUUAAGAUGCCACGACGGCGACGGCAACGAGAACGUCACAAAAGCAAAAGGUUGAAUAGGCAAAACAACAACUCUGCACGGGCAUCACAAAUUUUUGUACAUUUCUUUCCCGUCAGUGCGCGACUACGACCUGAAAAUGCCUUUUUAUGGAGGACGAGAACAAGCGACGACAAAAAUUGUUUUCUCAAUCUAAACUUAGAUAUAGCUCUUGAAUUCAACAAGGGUUUGCUUGCAUUUGACAAAGUAAGGGAGUUGAAAUAAUCAUGAUAGAGACUGGGAGAACGCGAACUCACUUUUUAAGCGACGUUUCCCCGGCGUCUUCGUCGUGGUAUCUUAAACUGUCUAUUACAGCGAAAACGUCACUUGAAAAUUGUAUGAAUUCGCGCUGUUCCAACUACACCACUCUUAUACUGUUUCAUUCCAUUUAUCAAAUGUUGGGAAUUUUUCUGGAAUUCAUUCUUGAAGACUGCAUGUAUAUGUCUAAGUUCAGAAAAAGAAAAAGAAAAUUGCUGUCUUGUGUUUACGCCCUCCAUAAAACGUUGUAGUCGUGCAAUGACGGUAAAGAAAUGUACAAGAAGAAGAAGAAGAAGAAAUCCUUAGAAUCACCUAUUUGUAGGAUGUGCAGAGAGAAAGGUGAAAUUAACAAGCUGCAUUCACGUAGCAAGUUAGCCCAACGUAAAUACGAGAGGCGACAUUACAAUGUGGCGCGGUAGGCCGGAGAUCAUCUUCGUUGAUAAGCAGGCAAAGGAGGCCAAGAUCAUUGACAUCGCUAUCUCUGGAGUAUAAGACAAAGAACUGGAGAAAUAGAGAAAUACCAAUUUCUUCGAGAAGAAAAAGGAAAGUAGUUUUGGAAGCUGAAGAAAGUGACGGCUGUGCAAUUGUAAAUGAAGCAUUGGGAGCUGUAUCUGAUAUGUUUGAGAAAUACACGGGAAAGUUUAACGUUACCAUUAGAUUUGAAGUGAACCAGAAAACGGCUCUUUUGGGAACAACUGGACUUGUCUUGUUUUGUCUAUUCAGGGACUCAAAAGUAAGGACUUCUUUGGAAUCUUAAUGAAAUUACUGUUGCUUACUGCCACGGGUAAUUGACCAGGCACUGAAACCUUUCAAGGCCCCUUCCACACGUAUCACACGUAAUAAUAAUAAUAAUAAUAAUAAUAAUAAUAAUAAUAAUAAUAAUAAUAAUAAUAAUAAUAAUAAUAUUAAUAAUAAUAAUAAUAAUAAUAACGCAGGAUAUCUAUUAUAUGGUCCAGCCCCCUGUCUGAUUGUAACCGUGUACAGGCAACUAAUCAGCAUGCACUCUCGGUCCUGCGGUACUUAAUGUGAACACAGCAUUGGCCUCUAUCAGCGUUAAGAGAUGUGGACAGAGCAGCUCAGAAGAUCAUAGUUGAGAACGGAGGCAAGCACCCAGCUAGCCUAACUUCUUUGUUAUAUCUACCGAGGGAGAAAUGGGGCAGAGGCCUGCGAUCAGUCUAACACGAGAACAAGGUCACUAAAAUCAAAUCGCUACUGAAAUUGUAUCAGAAUUCGGACCAGACGGUGGAAGCAGUUAAAGAAUUUGAAGAACACGCCAUGGCAUCAGGCCACCAGUCGCUUGUAAAGGAAGCAGCUACGUACGCUGAAGAACUCAACAUCACACUUCAGCUUGAUACCCUAAAUCCCGUGUGCGUUACAACAGAAGGAUAGGUGAUGACUGCAGCAAGAGCAGGGAAUCUGUUGAAGCAAUCUCACGAGAAGAAGUUCUUGGAGAUCGCUUAAGACAAAAAGUGGCAAGGAAAGUUAUUCCGUAUCAGAUGGGAAGAUGAGAGCCUAAGCAUAACCAGCUGCUUUGCACGGUUAAAAGGUUGGGCUUCAUGCCCUACUUAUACCAUCGCGGGCAAGUAUGAACUGUAUGAGCAGUUGUUACCUACGAAGCUCUACACAAAGGAGAAGACGCAAACCUCCACCGACGGCGAAGUCCUAUGCAGGUUAUGUGGGAAGAUAGCUGAGAGCGUUGCGCAUGUAUUGGCUGGAUGUUCCUCCCUGGCACAAACCAAGUACCUAUACAGGCAUAAUGCAGCUUUGAAGAUUCUGUUUUUGAGCUCCUGCGAGAGCAUGGUGGGUCAAUAGAAGAGGUUCCACCAUGGUACUGACCGGUGAUGCCAAAACCAGCCUACCAGAACACCACGAGUGCGGCGUUUUGGGAUAUUCCCAUCUAUGCAGAGCACGACGAAGUUAGAACAAAUCGGAUGGACGUGCGAUUUGUCAGCCACGAGAGGAAAGAAGUCUGCACAAUUGAAAUGAGCUGCCCAUGGAUUGAGAGUAGCGGAGCUAAGAAAGAUGAGGAAAAGACACUCAAGUAUGGGCCCAUGAUGUGGGAGCUGAAGCAGAGAUACAAUGGUUACAGGGUUGAACAGUACAACGUAAUAAUAGUUGACGUACUGGGUGGUUACUCUAAACACCUGGAGAAGUCGGUGAGGAAGCUACUUGGAGCGAGAGCACGGAGCGUACUUAAGCGGAUGCAGAAGUCGGUCAUCUCAAAACUUUAA